AGCGCAGCCGCAGACGCAGACCCGGAUGGGGCAGGGGUGUGCGCAUGCGCCCCUCUUCCAAUGGCGGAUCCCGGCGGCGAUUUGUUCGACAGCAUCGUCCUGGCGGAGGAUCGAUUUCGUGGAGAAGGUUAUCAGGAAGGAUUUACAGAAGGAGGCCAUUUGGGAGAAACUGAGGGACGAUGCUAUGGAUUAGUAAAUGGUGCCAAGAUUGGAUCAGAGGUUUCUUUUUAUGAAGGUUUUGCCUAUACCUGGAAGUGUCUUCUUCAGAAUAACCAAGAUGCGAAGAGCAGUAAAAGGCUGAAAGCCCUAAACUCAUUGCUGGUGAUGGUUCAUGACUUCCCAUAUGAAAACCCAACUUACGACAAGUUACAAGAGGACCUAGAAAAGAUGCGAGCCAAGUUUAAACAGAUUUGUUCUUUGCUCAAUGUCCAGCCUGCUUUCCAAAAUCUAAAAUCAACUGAGAUGUCGUUCUGAAGUAGACCAUGACGCCUGACUCAGUAACAUUGUUGAGGGGAUGACUUCACAUUAAAACGAAUCCAGCUCUCCAUGCCUGAAGUGGAGGAUGAAACUGGAUAAAUUGAGAUUUGCUCAGAAAAAGCAAAUACAUCAUAACUACAGAUUGAAUGUGAUGUUGAAAAGUUAUUCAUUUGCUGCUGUGAGGAAAAAAUAAUUUCAAAUUCCUUUCGCUGAACUUUAGAGAUUACUAAUACAAUCUGAACUGUCUGAUAUAAAAACUAUGGGAGGGGCUUUAGUUUCCUUUUGGGGACUUGAAGAUUUUAAUGAAAUUCCAAUUUUUAGCCGUUUGAAUUCAGUUUUUCUGGGACAAUUGCAAUGAAUUUAUUAUUCAUAAGUUGCUUGUACAUUUCUAAUUACUUCAGAAAAUUAACUAGCAUGGCUAGUUCUCAAUAACAGCAGUGAGAUAAUGAGUAGAUGAUUGAUUGAUUGAUUGAUUGUUACCCAAGGUAUAUAUUGGAUAACUUCUCUGCUUCAAAGUGGUCCUAUGGAACAUUUUUGUGUGUGAUUAGAAGGGAUGGUGGGGUCUCAGUUUGUUAUUGUACCUGAAAGGCAUCAUUGCCAACCACUCAACACUCCCUCUGCACUGGACCAUCACACCAGAUUAUAUACUCAGGUCUCUACAGUGAGAUUUAAACUGAGGCUAACCAUAAAUAAUUGCUAGGAUAUGGUUUCCUUCUGAUUGUAUACAAUGGAUAGGUUGAAGUUUUAUGGUUAAUAAAGUUUGAUUAAAUUUA